AUUAGUCCAAUAGAAACUCUCGUUUUCGUUGUAAAAACGCAACUGUGUACAACUGUGUGGACGAAUGAUUACACCACAGUAUCGUAAAGCAGGGGAUACGCGUUUGCAGCGAUACAACUGAAGAGAAAGCAGUACCAAGUAUUAUUGUGUGUCGGAGCAGUGGAACAACAGGGGAGCAAUUAGAACGGAUGGAAUGUACGAGCAACGGUGUUCAACUAUUAAAUAAGCAGCUUGAUCAACUGUCUCCGGCGCUGGAUCCGCUACAUUAGGCCUGAUGGAGCUGGGCACUCGACGAGCGCUGACCACUGAGGAACACCCACCACACUCUGCCCCCCACUGCCAACCUUGAAGGGAGGGACCCCUCUGCUUCUCCCCCCCCCCCCCCUUUCCCCUUCCCUUCUCCCCUCCUCCUCCAACUCCAACACUACCUCCUCUGGUACGCCUCCAUCCUCGCCCCUCCGUGGUCCUGAGAUGGUGAUGAUGGGGAAGCUGAAGCAGAACCUGCUGGUGGCCUGUCUGGUCAUCAGCUCAGUCACAGUCUUCUACUUGGGUCGUCACGCCAUGGAGUGUCACCACCGUAUCGAGGAGCACAGCAACCAGCCUGGGGACCAAGGGGUUCUGGGGGGCCUUCAGGGGCCGGGAGGGGUCCUCCUGGGCGGCUCGUUGGGCUCCUCCGCCAUCCUGCGGGGCUCUAGACCCGGGGGUCAUAACCUCUCCGUUCCAUUCGUCUACAACAAGGACAUGCCCCUAGUGUUCAUUGGAGGGGUUCCCAGGAGUGGGACAACGUUGAUGAGAGCCAUGCUGGAUGCUCACCCUGAGGUUCGGUGUGGCGAGGAGACCAGGGUUAUUCCACGUAUCCUGGCCAUGAAACAGAUGUGGUCGCGGUCGGGGAGGGAGAAGAUGCGUCUGGACGAGGCCGGGGUGACCGACGAGGUCCUGGACGCCGCCAUGCAGGCCUUCCUCCUAGAAAUCAUCGUGAAGCACGGCGAGCCCGCCAAUUUCCUCUGUAACAAGGACCCCUUCGCUCUGAAGUCCCUCUCCUACCUGGCUAAGAUCUUCCCGCACGCCAAGUUCGUGCUCAUGAUCCGGGACGGACGUGCCUCUGUCCAUUCGAUGAUCUCGCGUAAGGUGACGAUCGCUGGCUUUGACCUGGGCAGCUACAGAGACUGCCUGACCAAGUGGAACAGGGCCAUAGAGACCAUGUACACUCAGUGCCUGGAGGCCUCAGACAAGUGCCUGCCGAUGCAUUACGAACAGCUGGUGCUCCAUCCAGAGAAGUGGAUGAGGACGCUGCUCAAAUUCCUGGACAUUCCCUGGAACGAGGCGGUACUUCACCAUGAGGAACUCAUAGGGAAAGCAGGAGGUGUCUCCCUCUCCAAGGUGGAGAGGUCUACAGACCAGGUGAUAAAGCCAGUCAACGUGGAGGCCUUAUCUAAGUGGGUGGGCAAGAUCCCUGCGGACGUACUGAGGGACAUGCCCGUCAUCGCCCCCAUGUUGUCCCGUCUGGGGUACGACCCCUACGCCAACCCUCCCAACUACGGCCGGCCAGACCCCAAGGUCCUUGACAACACCAGGAGGGUCUUUAAAGGUGAAUUUCAGCUACCUGAGUUUCUAAGAGAACAAUCUCAGCUUCAGAAGACUCCAGAGAAACCUAAACGCCAGUUAGGAGAAGCAGAUGAACCAUCCUUCUCUUCCAGUCCCAGACCAGAGAAUUCCCAUAAUGCACCAUCCUUCUCAUCCAGUCCCAGACCAGAGAAUUCCCAUAAUGCCCGCAAGUCUAACAAAAGUCUAUCUUCUUCUUCUCUCCAGCUUCAGAAGACUCCAGAGAAACCUAACCCGCCACAGAGCCAGACAAGACACCGAUGGACAGAGGAAGUUAUCCAAUAAACUCUGCAUCAUCUUUUGGGGACCUCUGUGCUCUUCCAUGGACACACACACACACACACAAACUAGCCUGUGUCAGUGGGGACCUCUGUGCUCUUCCAUGGACACACACACACACUAGCCUGUGUCAGUGGGAACCUCUGUGCUCUUCCAUGGACAGACACACACACACACACACACACACACACACACACACACACACACACACACACACACACACACACUAGCCUGUGUCAGUGGGGACCUCUGUGCUCUUCCAUGGACACACACACACACACGUUAGCCUGUAUCAGUGGGGACCGGACCACCAUGGCUUGGAGAACUCUUUUGGCCUUCGAUGUUGUACUGUAAACUAUUGAUGUGUUUGUCACAAAAUGGUGACCAGAGAAUGUUGCUGUUAUGUGUCUUUCUUGUCUAGGGCUGCAACAUUCUGGAACAUUUCAAAAGAUUCCUCCAGAAAUCUGUAAUUCUACAACUAGGAUUUCUGGGAAACCUUUUGAAAUUUGAGAAAAAGUUUUGCAACACUAUUGUCACACCAUGCUCAUCUGGAUUUGUAGUUGUUAUGGUUUUCUCCCGGCUAUAUAAAAAUCUGUGAUUCUGUUGUAAGAAACUACAGUGGACUUAAAAUGUAAAUCUAAAAAAAAAAAAAAAAAAAAGUACAGUAUUUAUAGAUAAAAUGUAGCUUUUUGAAGAUGCUAUAUAUCUAUUUUAAUGUUUCAUUUUGCUUUUCAUGCCUUUUUAUCGUGCAAUUCCAUGGGUACUGUGAUGUACAAGAUUCUAGUUAAGUAAUGACAGUGAUAAAGAUGGCAUUUUGUAA